AUGGAAAAUUUCAGCAAAUUGUCAGAAGAGAUGGUGGUGCGAAUCCUAUCACGAUUGCCUCCUAAAUCUCUGAUUCGAUUCAGAUGCGUCCGUAAGUUGUGGUACAAUGUAAUCAAUAGUCCUAACUUCGUAGCCAAGAACCUUACUACUUCCAAGCACAAUAAGUUCAGUUCAUCCACUUGCAUUCUUGCCAAGCAUACUGUCCUCAAGGACAGCAACAUUAAGGAUAGGAAUGAAAUUUUGGAAGUCCUCAGGGACAACAGCAUAGAAACAAAGAAAAUUUUACUCUCAUUGUGUAACCUUUGCAACGACAACGAUGGUGAUGACCCUAAUCUUAAUUAUGUAGUCGACGACUUCACCGUUCCGCUUCCUUUAGGUCUACUUCCAUUUAGUCUAGAGAUUGCAGGUCAUUGUGAUGGGAUCAUUUGUCUAAAUAAUUCAUUUCUUGAUGACAUAGUCUUGUGCAAUCCAGCAACCAAAGAAUCCAAACUUCUUCCGAAGUCUUGUCUUCUUCUCCCUCCUCGACAUCCAAAUGACUACGAUGAAAUAGAGUCUGAUGUAAAUGCUGUUGGAUUCGGCUACGAUUCCAAAGCUCAAGAAUACAAGGUUGUUAGAAUUGUAUCAUUUAUUACUGGGGUUCAUAAACCACUUCCUUCGAAAGCAGAAGUAUAUACCAUUGGCACUAAUUCUUGGCGAGAGAUCAAGGAUCAAACUGAAAGUCAUGUUUUCUGGGCUGCUUCUUUUAAGUUGUUCUUGAAGGGAUUUUAUUUUUGGUGGGCAUCAAUCUGCCCACCAGAGCAGGAAAUCAUCCUCUCAUUUGAUAUGAAUGAGGAGCUGUUUCAUGAUAUAUAUAUUCCAGAGAGUGUCCGUCAUGACAUAGUUCGAUGUAAUAGAGGUCUUGCAGUGUGGAAAGAGUCCAUUGCUCUUUUGGCUUACGGUGGAGACAGUGGAGCUCAAUCUUUUGACAUAUGGGUAAUCGAUGACUUCGGUGUCUUUAAGAGUUCAUGGAUAAAAUACUUAACCAUCGGACCUCUAGAAGGCAUUUCGAUUCCAUUGAUAUUUUGGAAGAGUAACGAGUUUCUUAUGGCUGCCACUGAUGGACGUCUAGUGUCCUAUAACCUUAGCACCCAAAUGUUCAAGUAUCUUCCUAUUCAUGGGGUGGAAGAUCCACCAUAUAUUCAAGCCGUUGUUUAUGUAAAUAGUAUUGUUUCGGUCCAUGCAAGCAACAAACUUGAGGGCAUAAAUAACUCUAGCUAG